UAAGCGCAAACAAUAAUAAAUCGGAAAUGUUUUUCUCCCCUGAGAGGCAGUAUGAGCAAGCAAGAAGCGAAGCAAGAUGCACUGGUACUUCGUAGCUGCGCUUCUCACCAUUCUUACCAGUUCUCAGGGAAUUUUGACAACACUCUCACAAAGUGAUGGGGGAUACAAGUAUGACUAUGCGACUGUUCCUUUUCUUGCUGAAGUUUUUAAGCUGCUGGUAUCUUCUUUUCUUCUUUGGCGGGAGUGCAAGUCAUCGCCUCUUCCAAGGAUGACCACAGAAUGGAAAAGCAUGCGUUUAUACCCAAUUCCUUCCAUUAUAUACUUAAUCCACAACAAUGUUCAAUUUGCUACCCUUACAUUUGUGGAUACAUCAACGUAUCAAAUAAUGGGUAAUCUGAAGAUUGUCACAACUGGCAUAUUAUUCAGGCUGUUCCUGAAGAGGAAACUGUCUAAUCUGCAGUGGAUGGCUAUUGUUCUGCUAGCUGUUGGUACAACCACGAGCCAGGUCAAAGGUUGUGGUGAGAAUUCAUGUGACUCCUUUUUCUCAGCUCCAAUCCAAGGUUACAUGUUGGGGAUCCUUUCUGCUUGUCUCUCGGCCUUAGCAGGUGUUUAUACAGAAUAUCUGAUGAAGAAGAACAAUGACAGCCUGUACUGGCAGAAUGUACAAUUAUAUACGUUUGGUGCGAUCUUCAACAUGGCACGGCUUCUCCUGGAUGAUUUCAAGAGUGAAUUUGAGCAGGGACCAUGGUGGCAACGCCUGUUUAAUGGAUACAGUAUUACAACUUGGAUGGUGGUAUUAAAUUUGGGAUCUACUGGGUUGCUAGUCUCAUGGUUAAUGAAGUAUGCUGACAAUAUUGUGAAGGUGUAUUCCACAUCAAUGGCCAUGCUUUUGACAAUGAUCUUAUCUGCGUACCUCUUUAAUUUCAGGCCGACACUGCAGCUUUUCUUGGGGAUUAUUAUCUGUAUGAUGUCACUACACAUGUAUUUUGCUCCUCCUAGCAUGCUUGUAGAGUUGCCUUUGACAGUAAAAGCAACCCCCAAGAAUCUUGCUGAAGUUUCUGUUCAUCAAACAACAGAUUCCUGAUAGAAGUCAUCAUAUUAAAUCAACUAAUUCAUAGUACAGUGUCCA